AUGGUCAUUGGUUCGAAAAAACUUAGUCGGAGAUCGGCAAACAGUGACCACCAGUACACUUAGUAAAAAUUAAUCUGCAAAAUGGCCUCAUUGUGCAGAAACGCAGUAUUCAGAGUAUGUAGCCGUUCGUUUUCCAAAGCUCCAGUUUGCUAUAAAUACGACAAAUGGCAAAUGCCCGACCCUAUGGAUUUGGCAACUGGUCUAGAGAAACGAGAACUUCUAGCUUAUCAAGCCGGAAACGAUGAUCCUUUUAUGAUGAAAGGCGCAGUCCGAGGACCUGGUACUAAAGAUCAACCAAAUGAAAUUCCAAGUGCAUUCGACAGUCGUAUCAUCGGCUGCGUUUGCGAGGAAGAUUCCACCAGUAUACUCUGGAUGUGGCUACACUCCGGGAUACCAAAGCGCUGUAAAUGUGGACACUGGUUCAAACUUGUUAAGAAAACUCCUAUUUAAAAUGUUUACACUUAACUAGAAAAAAGAAAAAAAAAUACAUUUAAUAACAACAAAUAUUCGCAUAAAUUAGUCGAUUGUUUGCAGUUACUUUAGAUAAUAAUAAUAAUAAUAAUAUCCGAUAGUUAUUAUUAUGAUUAAAUUACAUUACAUUAAUUUACUUAUAACUAAGGGUGGAUUUAUUUGCGACAAUACCAAUCUGUCCUUUACUUCUCCUUUUAUGUAGAGAAUUUAUUCUCGUUGCGUCGCAAUUAUUAUUUUGGUGGAUAAUUUGGUAAUUAUCUAGGGCGCAAAACGAAUCUAAACAAUGAGUAAAGUGAAGAUUUAUUAUUGUGACUGUUAUUGUUAUUAUUAUUAUUAACUUUCUGUCAAUGUACAUAAAUAAUACGAGUUUAAUGAUAAUAAAUAUCGAGAAAACUUA